CGGUCGAAAGAUGAACAAAAAUGGCGCGAUUCCAUGGAUGAAGCUUCAAUGGCGAGGCAUAGUGAAGGUGCGUCUGAAAUGGGUCAAAAAUCGAAGCCUCGACCACGUCAUCGACAAGGACACCGAUCUGAAAGCCGCUUCCCUUCUCAAAGACGCCAUCAAACGCUCCUCCACGGCUUUUCUCACCACCAAAUCCGUCGCAGAUUGGCAAAAACUCCUCGGCCUCACCGUCCCCGUCCUCCGCUUCAUGCGGCGCUACCCCACUCUCUUCCACGAGUUCCCUCACCCUCGCUGGCCCUCUCUCCCUUGCUUCCGAUUAACCGACACUGCACUCUUCUUAGACUCACAAGAAGACUCCAUUCACCAUAACCACCAAAACGACGCCGUUCAGAGACUCUGCAAACUCCUCAUGAUGACCAAAUCCCGCACUCUCCCUCUUCAUUCCAUUCACUCCCUCCGGUGGGACCUCGGUUUACCCGAUUGCUUCCACAAAACCCUAAUUCCCCAAUUCCCUCAGCAUUUCCAAUUCGUCAAGUCCCCCAACGGCGUCGUUUCUGUAAGACUUGAAAAUUGGUGUGAGGAAUUCGCGGUUUCCGCGUUGCAGAAGAGCAACGAGAGCGGGAGCCAGUAUAGGGAUUUCAAGAGGGGACAAUCGGCGUUGGUGUUUCCGAUGAGGUUUCCGAGGGGUUACGGGGCGCAGAAGAAGGUUAGGGUUUGGAUGGAGGAGUUUCAGAAGCUUCCUUAUGUUUCCCCCUAUGCGAAUUCGGGGAGCAUUGAUCCCAAUAGUGAUUUGAUGGAGAAGCGCGUUGUUGGGGUUCUUCAUGAGAUUUUGAGUUUGACUUUGCACAAGAAGACCAAGAGGAACUACUUGAGAAGCUUGAGGGAAGAGUUGAUUCUUCCGCAUAAGUUUACACGCAUUUUCACCAGAUAUCCUGGGAUAUUUUACCUCUCUUUGAAGUGCAAAACCACCACUGUUACUCUUCGAGAAGGGUACCAGAGUGGAAAAUUGGUGGACCCACAUCCUCUUGCUCGCCAUAGAGAUAAGUUCUACCAUGUCAUGCAAACGGGCCUUCUUUAUCGUGGAGAUGGAUCGUUGAAAACUGAGGGGAACGCCUCACUGGUUGAUUCUGUAGCAAAUGAUGAAAUGAGGAGUGACUCUGAGGAGGAAGAGGUUGAAACGAGUGAUGAAUUCUGCGAGGAUGAUGUUUCUGAAGCAAGUGAAUGAAGUUUUUGAUUCAGAAUUGUUUUUGUAUAUGUUGCAUUUUGCAACUAAAUAUUGAAGGACAUUGCAUUUUUGGAUCUUAACGACUAACAUAAUUAGUCUUUGAGUCAAGAGUUAUGUAAGGAAAAAUUCACUCACUGUUUGUGUUUUCAUGGGCACCUUCAUGGUAUUAACAGCAUGAGAAAUUCUUUUCCGUCAUUGACACCCUGCACGCUAAGGAGGGAUAACCUGUGUGGUGUGAUGAUGCAACGAGUUCAUGGUACACAAUUACACCCAAACGGGGAAUAAAAGGCAAAUCAUUGAGAAGAAAAGGAUUAAGAUUCUCUUGGUAAUUUUUUGUCAUGUUAUAAUUAAGAAUUUCUUUUGUGUUCCAUUAAUAAUGUGGUAUUGCUCCUCUUUCUCUUGUUUUUCUUAUAUCUACUGUUUACCUCUCCAAACACCAUU